AUUAAUCGUCCAUAAUUAUUUUGGAAAAUAAUUUUGUGGACCCAACCGAAUUUAUGUCCGAAAAUGUCCAAUUUAUGUCCGAAAAUGUCCAACAAAUUGUGGAGAAACAUGUUAAUGGUUAUACAUCUAUUCAUGUUCCUGAGGGUUGUAGUAGGUUUGGUUUUAGGUUCUUUCUUGCUCAUUUGAUUAAGGCAUGGCUUUGGUUUAAGCACAAAACAACUAUGGUGGGAAAAGGGAUUAUUGGUUUGGUUCUUUCUAAUAGCAAGACCACAGGUGAGACUAUUUCUAACAAUGAGAAAGCUGAUGUUCAACUAGAUGUGGGCAGAAGUGUUGGAGAUGACCUAAUGGCCCUCUCUGAAACUAAACAGCCAUGUUUAAUAACACAAUCAAAAGGUGCAAAUCCUAUUUGGGUCCCAACUGCUAGUUCUUCAAUACAGAAUAUGGCUGCUAAACUACCACCUGCCUCUUUUCAAAAGGAAGCAACCACCAGUGCUGAAAGUCUACAUGCUGAGGAUCUGCCUUCAUCUUGUGAUCUCAAUAAAGCACAUUUAGCAAUUAUUUCAAAGCCUAGAGGUCAUGAGAAACAGAAUUCAGAUCUGAAGAAUUUAACUGGGAUAAAGGAACGGACUCCUGAUUCUAAAGCUAGUCAUCUAUUGAGUUCAUCUAUGGGUGCAGUCAGGGCUUCGAGGACAAUUGAAACAGAUCAGUGCAUAACCAGUGCAGCAAAAGACAAAGGUUUUGAACACCAAACUAGAAUUGCAGAGACCCCUAGUGUACAUCCUCGCACAAUUCCUAGUUGCAGUCCCCCAGUGACAAAUGAUCCAGCAGAUAGCUCAGGCUCAGUUCUUGUUCAAUGCUGCAGUUUCCUGUUCAAUGAUGGGUUCUUCUUCAAAGCUGUAGUUUCCUAUUCAAAGUUGGGUUCUUGUUUAAUGCAGCAGUUUCUUGAGAGCUUUGUGGAUGUGGUGGAAUUUCUGGAUGCUGAUGUUUACAAGCAGAAGGAACAGAAUGCAAGACCAGAACUCGGGCCAUGCUUUUAUUUGGUUCUUGCUGGCCACAGCUUGCGCGAUGUUGUCUUGAGGUUGAUGUCUCAAAUUUACCACCUGUGAAAAUUCAUGUUCAACAUGGGGAGGAAAACUUGCUUGUUCACUUUUAUUAUGAGAAUGUGCCUCCAUUAUAUUCUGUAUGGCUUGUCUUAAGAUUGGUCAUCUAAAGGAAAGUUGUCCCUUGGUUCAACCUAGUGGCGGACCUAGGAAUUUCGGUGAGUGGGUUCACAUUUUGUGCACAAAAAGAAAAUGUUGAUAUUUGUAUAGCAAUAAAUUUAAAACAAGGUAAAAAAGUAUCAAUAAAUAGCAUUCUGAGAU